AUGGGCUCCGCCGAUAUGACCGCGGGUGUCGACGCGGUCACCGCCGCGGUGAAAGCGGGGGACGAGGCCCUCGCGAGUUGGGCCGAAUCCGCCCGCGCGUCCGUCGACGAGGCCAAAACGCAGGUGGCCAAACUCGUCGCCGCGCACACCCUCGUCGCGCAGCAGGGCGCCGCGGCGGCUGACGACGCCGCGGCGACGGCGUCCGCCGCGCUCGCGUCGCAGAGGGCAAAGCUCGGAGAGAUUUCCGCGGCGCUCGCGUCGCACGUGAAGGACCUCGAGGCGCACUCCGCCGCCGUCGACGCCGAACGCGCGGCCGCGGCGGACGCCGCGCGGGGCGUCGGCGCGGGCCUGGACGCCGCCAAGUCCGCGCUGGAGCGCGCCGUCGUGCAACACCGCGAGGGUCAGUCCGCGCUCGUCGCCGACGUCGUGGCGCAGCUCCGGAAAACUCUCGAGACGCAAACCAAAGCCCUGCUCGAGUCGCUCGAGGGAAGCCUCGGGUCGGGGGUAUGCGCCGCGAUGGCGGAGACGGGCGCCAUCGUCGAGACGGAGGCGAGACGCGCGGAGACGUCGCACGCGAGCCUCGUGGAGGCGACCGGGGCUAUGCGGUUAGCCGCGCUCGCCGCGAACCAAGCCGUCUCCGCCGCCGACGGGUUCGCCGACGCGGCGGACUCCGGGGUGGCGCAAACGAGGACCGCCCUCGGCUCCAUGGGCGCGUCCGUCGCGGAGGCGGCCGAACGCGUGGGCGCAUCCGCGAUUGGCGCCUUCGACGCGACGUGUGCGUCGAUCGACGCACACGUCGCGUCGCGCGAAUCCAUCGCGUCGACGAUUGACUCCGCCGCCGCCGGGUCCAAGUCGGCGACGGAGGCGGCCGCCUCCGCCGUCGGGGAGAAGAUCGCCGCCGUGUCCGCGGCCAUCGCGACGUGGAACGCCGCGGAGAACGCCGCCGUCGACUCCGCCGAGGCUCGCGCGACGGAGGCGAGCGCGAAGGCCAACGCGUCCCUCCGCGUUGCGACGGAUGCGGCGAAGGUCGCCGUCGAGUCGGCGGCGGCGGAGGUUUACGAGUUUAGCGGCGAGGUGGACGCGGUUUUGGUGGACGCGUCGGCGGGUGUUGAGACGCUCAAACUCGACGUGACCUCGGCGAUGGGUGCCCUCGGCGGGGAGGUGGCGUCGCACGUCGCCGACGUCGACCUGGCACACGUCCCCGUCGAGCCGGUGCGCGACGUCGAGGCCGUCGCGUUUUCCAGGGUUUUGUCGUCUACGCCCGCGGAUGAGGCGGUUCUCUCCGGCGGGGUCUCUCCGGCGGCGUCAUCACCGGCUGUCACGAGCGUCCAGGACGACGAGGAGGAGGCGUUCGAGGAUGCGGAGGGUGACGUGGUUGAUGUUUUUGGUGAGGUUGGUGGUGACGCUCCCGUCGUCGAGUCCGCUCCCGCCCGCCCGACUGCGCCGCCCGCCCCCACGGCGGAUACCGAGAACGUCGUGCCCGCCGCGGCGCCGGAGAAGAAGAGCCUGGCGUCGAUGCGCGAGGGGUUCAAGUCGAAGAUUGCGGCUCCCGCGGGUGCGGAGCGACGCACGUUCGGAGCGCUCAAGGAUGUCAACGCGCGGUGAACGGUAUCGUCGGGAACGUUAUCAUAGUCUGGGAUGAAAAUCGUACGCGUCGUUCG